AUGUCGUCCUUGGGGCCGAACGCCACGCCGCCACACGUUCCCCACCCGUCUCCCGACCCAACACCGAACCGAGGUCGCGCGCGCGCGGGCACCCUCCCGUCGCGCUUUGGGCCCGCAACCUCGGGGCUGCGCACGCCCCACGACGAGGUGGUGAGCGCGGGGCGCUGGUACUUUCCCCGCACGUCGCCCCUCGCACAAAACGACCCGUUUGCCCCGCCCAUGUUUGCGUCCGUGCCGGACAUGAUGCAAGCACCCCUGCCGCCAGCCUUUGAACCAUUUGCGCGCCUCCCGGAGGACCGCGCGCAGACGGAUCCUACGCUCCUGCAAAGCUCGCUCAGCGACGCAGACACCAGCGGACUCGUCAAGACCCUCGACUACCUCGGCCUGAGCGACGCCCCGGCCGUGGAUGAGCCGGGGGCACUUGCACCGACGCGCGAGCGCGCCGCGACUGACGCGGCAAUCCUGGGGCCGACUCGCACGUCGGUCGCGCCGGGCGGGCCGGUGCGUGCGCCGCUCCUCGCACGCCCGCCGACAGCGACGGCGAACACGCUGCGCCACCGCCUCUCGCAGCUGCCUCUAGGCGCACAGGACGUCUUUUCGGAAGACCAGAACCGCCCGCGCGCAACAAGCAUGGGCACACUCGAUCGGCCGUCGGUCGACGUGGGCGACGUGCGCCGCGUGCCGUCGCCGGGCGUCGCGAUCGGUCGCGUGCCGUCGCCGGGCGUCGCGAUCGGCCGCGUGCCGUCGCCGGCGGCUGCCGCCUCGCCGGCGCGUGCGCCAGGCCACGGGCGCCUGCGUGCCGACACCAUCGCCGCGCUCAGCGGGCCGGACGGCCGCCAGCGCACUGAGCUCGAACUGCAGCGCACCGCACAUGGCCACCGCGAAGACGACUCGUUUGGCCACCUCGCACAACCCCUCUCGCGCGUUGCGGGUGGUCCGCGCACGCGCAGCAUGACGAUCGCGAGCGGCGCCGCGCCGCGCGCGGCCGAUGCGGAGCGCAAUCUGUACCUCUCGCAGCUGAGCGGUCAGGCGUCGACGCGUGUGCUGCUGCGUCUAUUUGAGCCGUACGGCGUGAUUGACGAUAUCCUCCUCUUCCCCGAGCACCAUGGCGCAGUGAUCCAGUUCCGCGACGCGCAGCAUGCGCGUGCGGCGCACGAUGCCGGUGUCGCGUUUAUCGGCCCCUAUCUCGCGGAGCUGCUGAGCGACCAGCGCCAGCCGCCGCUCUUAUCGCGCGCCGAAGGCGACUGGUCGCGGCACAGUGCCGCCGACGGCACGCCGCCGCCCCGCGCGCGGCACGGCGGCACGGCGAGCAUUGUGCCGAGCAGCGACAAGGGCGGGAUCCCGCUGCCUGCCGAGCACGUCGUGGCGCUUGCGCCCGAGCAGCAGCGUGCGGUUGGCGACACGCUGCACUUCCGCACCGGCUCCGACCCCCAGGUCGGAUCGCUGGAGACGUCCGAGACGCGCACGUACCACGCAAGCAUCCCGCCUGUGAACGACGGGGGGCGUCCCAGCCGCCGCUUUGACAAUGCACGCUUCCGCGAGCUGCGCAAGAACAUGGAGAGCGGCCAGAUGAGCCAGACGCAGGCCGACACGGUCGCGACCGAGCACCUUGAUGUGAUUGUCGAGCUGUCGAGCAACUACAUCGGUAACACGGUCGUGCAGCGCUUUUUCGAACAGUGCUCGGAGGAGGUCAAGACCCGCAUGCUCGAGCGCAUCGCGCCGCACCUCGCGACGAUUGGCACGCACAAAAACGGCACAUGGGCCGCCCAAAAGAUCAUCGACUGUGCCAAGACAGACGCGCAGCAGCUGCUCAUCACUCGCCAUUUGCAGCCCUACGUACCUGCGCUGCUCCUCGACCAGUUUGGCAACUAUGUCGUGCAGUGCGUGCUGCCGUUUGGCUUUCCCCGCGCGACCUUUAUCCUGGAUGCAAUGGUCGACCGCUGCUGGGAGAUUGCGCAGGGGCGCUUUGGCGCACGCAGCAUGCGCACCGUGCUCGAACACGCCUCGGUGCCGCGCGUGCAGCUGAAGCGCGUCGCGAUGGCCGUCAUACUCAACUGCGUGCCGCUCGCGACGAGCGCCAACGGCGCGCUGCUCCUCACCUGGCUCCUCGAGACGUCGGGCCUCGAGGGCGCGAUGAGCCAGCUGGCGCCGCGCUUUGUGCCGCACCUUGCACAGCUCUGCACGCACAAACUCGCGUCGGUCACCAUUCUGCGCAUCGUCUGCCAGAGCGCCGAGCCGGGCGCCGCGACGCUCCUGCUGCGCUCCAUCUUUGAUCUGCCCCAGGCGAACGUCCUCGAGGAGAUCCUCCUGGAUCUCGUACACGGCUCGCAGCUCGUCGCCAAGGCGCUGCAGAGCCCAGUGCUGUCGCCCGACGCGUACACCGAGUGCGUCGACGCGGUUGCCGCGAUCCUCCUGCGCCACGACCUCGUGGGCGCGCCGGCGUACCGCCGCCUCGCCGAGCAGGUCGGCCUGGCUCUCCCAGACACGGCGCGCAUGUCGCCGACGCACCUGCGGGUGGGAAAAACCGAGGGCCCAGAAAGGCCACCAGUGCUAAUGAACCCUGUGGACGGCAUACCCCCCAUCCUGCCCCCGUCUUAUGGACCGACGGGAGGGGAUGGUGCACGCUUCGGCGUGUCCACGAUGCCCUACGCUGGCCCCCCUUUUGAUAUCCACGGCCCGGACGCCGCACCUCGCGGCGCCCUCGCGCCGGGCGCGACGCCGCCUCGCUUUUGCCUCGGCGAUGGCGCGGGGAUGAUGGUGGCGACGCUCGAGCAGCUCCCGCACGAAGUGCUUACGCACAUUGCGUACUAUGUCGCGCUCACGCCACAGGGGCCACCUAGCGAUCUCCUUCUGCUCUUGUGCGCGAGCCGCACGUUGUAUAACCACCUCGCGCCGGGGAUCAACACGGCGCUGUACGCACGCCUCUUUGCGGGCGUGUUUGACCGCGCAGCGAUCGUGCGGCGGCUCGGCAUGCCGUCGCCGACGCAGCUGACAGAAGAGCUACAGUACCGCUUUGCUGUGCUCAAACGCCUGCGCCGCUACGUCGAGCUGUACGAGGCGGACCCGACGCAAGGCGCUCUCGACGCCGCGCACGCCUGCGCACAGGACUGCCUGUGCCAGGACCUCUGGAAGGCGUACGUGAUGGCGCUCGAGCAUGACGAGCACAACGUGCGCCAGCUGUACUGGGCGAAAAUUAGCGCGUAUACCGAUAUCCACGCUGUACAGACCAUGUGCGCGCACCACGUCCACCGCACCUAUCCGACGCAGGCGCAAGUCACGGCGCUCGCAAUGCACCUGCGGCAUAUGCUGUCAAGGGGUCAGCAGCUGUCGCCGACGGACGACGACAGCAGCGACGAGCAAGACUCACUUUUUCUCCUGCUCAAGCCGUUUGUGUUUGCCGCACACGAAUACGACAUGUUCUUUGGGCCGUGGACGGCGCGCACCCUUCCGCUCUCGAGUGCGCACGGAGGAGGGGGAGGCAGCAUGCCCUACGCAUCGGUACGCCACUGCGGCACGACGCUGACGCUCGCCGUGCCGCCCGUGAGCCAGGCCGCAACAUCUCUCAUGUUUCAGUGCACCGCGCAUGCAAUGCCGACGGCGCACCUCACCGCGCGACUGGACAAGCGCAUUGGGUCGGUGCCGAUGCGCUUGCAGUCGUCGCGCGACUACGACCACGACUUUCGGCGCCUGCAGCUGUGCUACGACGCACGCUCCGCACCGGGCCUGCGCCUCGAGGACCAUAUUGGGCGCCUGAGCGGCGUGUGGGAGGGUCGCUUUUCGUUCUUUGACAUGGACGCUUACCGCGAGAUGCUCGAUGGGAGCACGUCCGCGUUGUACGACGGCACGUUUGGCGAGCAGACCCAAGUCCUGCGCCUCUCGGAAGCCGUCGUGUGCAUGUCGUCCGAUGGCGUCGCGCGCUACCACGAAGAGAUCAUGGCCAACGACACGUUUUCGCAGCACAUUGCGCAGGCGCACAAAAGUGCCGAGGCGCACUCCCUUCCUGCGCCGACGCGCAGCGGCAGCCAGCAGCCCUACAUUACCGCGAGCCAUGGGGAGGUCAUGCCGCCGACCGACGCCGCGACCAUGCUGCAAGAGUGGCGCAAGCUGCCGUUCUGGUGCGACGACGAGGCUCCGGCCGACGGCGACCAGCGCGAGCUGCUGCUCUACGGCACCGGACACUCGGCCUGGGGCAAGUUCUUUGUGCGUGGCCGCGUGCGCGCGUGGGACGGCCUCGUGGUCCUCCUGAAAGAGUACGGGCCAGGGCGCCAAGGCAAGUGGAUGUACCGCGGCUAUUCGCUGGCUGGUAGCACCAUGGUCGGCCGCUGGCGCGACGCAUACACGCCCCACGCCCUGCACGGCUAUGAAGGGCCGUUCAUCUUGACACGGCGCUCCUAG